AUGGCGGCCACUAAUCUAGUGUACAAGACUAUCGACGACAACGUUGCCGAGUACAUUAAACGCCUCUCCGAAGCGGUCGCCGUCAAGUCGGUGUCGUGCGAGUUUGAGCGGCGCAAUGACACCAUUCAGAUGGUGAAGUGGUUCGAGCAGCUGCUGAAGAAGGAAGGCGCCACCACUGAACUGGUGGAGAUUGGCCCUCAGACCUUUCCCGAUGGUCGCGUGGCGCCCUAUCCGCCCGUUCUGCUCGCCCAACUCGGCGACGACCCAAAGAAGAAAACCGUCUGCAUCUACGGACACUUGGACGUGCAGCCGGCGGCCAGAGAGGACGGCUGGGACACUGAGCCAUUUGUGCUGACGGAAAAGGACGGCAAACUGUAUGGACGCGGGUCAACUGACGACAAGGGACCAGUGCUCGGCUGGCUGCACGCCAUCCAGGCCUUUAAGGCUAAUAAAAUUGAUCUGCCGGUCAACUUUAAGUUUGUCUUUGAAGGCAUGGAAGAGUCGGGCUCCGAAGGGCUGGACGAAAUUGUCCUCGGUCGAAAGGACACCUUCCUCAAGGACGUCGACUUUGUCUGCAUCAGCGACAACUACUGGCUGGGCACAAACAAGCCCUGUCUGACGUACGGCCUGCGCGGCCUGAGCUACUUUUGUCUGGAGGUGGAGUGCGCCGCGAAGGACCUCCACUCUGGCGUCUACGGCGGCAGCGUCCACGAAGCAAUGACCGACCUGAUCAAGUUGAUGUCGAAGCUGGUGGACAGCCGCGGCAAGAUUCUCAUUCCGGGCAUCCUCGACUCGGUGGUGCCGAUGACCAAUGAGGAGGAGAAGAUCUACCAUGAGAUUGACUUUAGCUGCAAUGAGUUUCGCUCUGAGGUCGGCAGUGAGCGGCUGAUUCACGAGGACAAGGUCAACACGCUGACGCAUCGAUGGAGGUUCCCCUGCCUGUCAAUUCACGGCAUUGAGGGCGCCUUCUACGGCCCUGGCUCAAAGACGGUCAUUCCGAAGAAGGUAAUUGGGAAAUUUUCAAUUCGCCUCGUGCCGAACCAGGAGCCAGAGGCGAUUGGAAAGCUCGUCAAGGACUACCUGACGGAGGAGUUUGCCAAGUUGAACAGCCCCAAUAAGUUCAACCUGGUGAUGGCCAGCGGUGGACGACCGUGGAUGGCCGAUCCCAAGGAUCCCAACUUUAUCGCCGGUCGAAAGGCAAUGAAACAAGUGUACGGCGUUGAACCGGACCUGACACGAGAGGGUGGCUCCAUUCCGGUGACGCUGACCUUUCAGGAGGCCACCGGGAAGAAUGUGAUGCUGAUGCCUAUGGGCGCCGCCGACGAUGGCGCCCACUCGCAGAACGAGAAGAUUGACAAGCGCAACUACAUCGAGGGCACCAAGGUCAUGGCCGCCUACCUCUACGAGCUGGCCAAGCUUUGA